UUAGUUGUUGUUUUAAGUCAAGUCUUUUAGAUAACAUGUUACUGUUAAAAACAGCAGCAGAGAGGUGAAGCCACCAACACAGCUGACAGGAACCGCAAGAGGUUAAAAAUUGGAGGGCAUGGAUAUCGUGUGGCAAACUCCAGCGAAUCCCCCACACCAGCACGAUUAUAUCUUUCGAAAUGGAAUACGAUUUGUUAGACCAUACUACUUUGAAUUCAUCGCUCAUGUUAAAAAUCGGUGGGCGGGAAAAACCAUUGUAGACUUAUUUGCUGAGGAGUUUAAAGGUCGACCUUAUGAUUAUUAUGUUAGUGCAGUGAAAUGUGGAAGGAUUCAAGUAGAUGGAGAGAUGGUACCAGUUUCAUACGUAGUUAAACCAUCUCAAAAGAUAAGCCAUUUCUUACACAGGCAUGAACCACCUGUGAUGGCUUGUGAUGUUCUUAUUCUUCAAAAAGAACCAGAUGUGCUAACUAUUUGUAAGCCAGCAUCUGUUCCUGUACAUCCAUGCGGUCAAUAUCGUAAGAACACUGUUGUUGGCAUUCUUCAAGCUGAGUAUGGGCUGGCACCUCUAUUUCCUGUUCAUCGUCUGGAUCGCCUUGUCUCAGGGCUUCUUAUUUUGGCGAGAAAUGCUGCAAAAGCUGACAUCUUUAGGCAACAGAUAGAAGCUGGUUUAGUCCACAAACAAUAUAUAGCAAAAGUAGUUGGAGAAUUUCCUGAGGAUGAGCUAAUUGUUGAUGCCAAUAUCGACUAUAAUGCACGUGAAGGAAGGAGCACAACCGAGGUCAGAGACUCCGCAAAGGGGAAGCCUGCCUCCACAAAAUUUACUCGGAUUAGUACUGAUGGAACUCAAAGUAUUGUUUUAUGUGAACCUAUCACUGGCCGUACUCAUCAGAUACGUGUUCAUUUGCAGUAUUCAGGGCACCCAAUAGCCAAUGACAUGCUGUACAUCUCAGAACAAACUGUUGAUCGAUUUGUCAAAGGGUCGAGUGCUGAUAGAUCAGCUCGCAUAUCUGAUGUUUCUCUGACAUCAGAUCUUGAUGAAGUCCUCAAUGCAUGCGGAGAAAAUUCUGGUGAAGAUUUUAGCAUCGACCCUAUGUGUACAAAUUGUCCAAAUUUGGCACCCAAAGGAUAUGAUGGUGAUGAAGAAGGUCUAUGGCUACAUUGUUUUCGUUACACGGGGCCUGGAUGGACGUACGAGUGUCCACAUCCUGAUUGGGCAAAACUUAUGUAGACAAUUUGAUAUAUUUUUCAUCGUAAAUUUCAAACAAAUAUGCAAUGACUUUUUGAGUUUUCAUCUGAGUAUUGUUGGUUACUGAAAAACUGUUUAAUCUUUUGCUAUUAUUCAGGGACACUGGAUUGGAAUGAUCAAUUGUUGUUAUUAUUGAUUUUUUU